AAAUUACGUUGAACGCCGCGCCGUAGAUACGUGUCAUGCCGUUCUGAACUUCCGAGGCAGUGGACACACAGAACACUUGCGGCUGGACACGAUCUUGGUGUCAGGGGGUGGCCCAGAAGCGAAGCGGCUGCAACGUGUUUAUAUCCACAAUGCAAAGUAUUUCUCCUUGGUUAACUUGGAUCUCCGCCGCAGUGUAUGCUCGCCAUUCAUUCAUAAGUCCUUCGCUCAUUCUCAUAGUUGCCUGUCUUACGGAGGGUCCCAGUUGUAAUAAAUCACAAUGGGGUUGUCUCGUUCAGCUCGCAUCACACUGUUACUUGUCAUCGAUAUCCUAUUCUUCUUCUUGGAACUCGUCGUCGGUUAUACUGUUGGUUCUCUUGCUCUCGUCGCCGAUAGUUUCCAUAUGCUCAAUGAUGUGAUGAGUUUGGUUGUCGCGUUAUAUGCUAUCAAGCUGACGGGAAAGACCGCCAAUCAUUCCCGUUACUCCUAUGGCUGGCAAAGGGCCGAGAUUCUGGCAGCUUUAACCAACGGUGUUUUCCUACUUGCACUUUGUUUCUCCGUCAGCUUGCAGGCAGUGGAACGCUUCUUCAGUAUUCAAGAUGUAUCGCACCCACUUCUCGUGGUGAUAGUGGGAGCAUGCGGUCUGGCCUCAAACAUUUUCGGACUGCUCUUGUUCCACGAACAUGGCCACUCUCAUUCGCAUGGUCAUUCUCAUGGCGACAAGGAGAGCGGCCAUGUACAUGCAGCACAUGCAACACUCACUGCCGCCGACAAUAUACCCCAGGACCCAUCCACCACAGUUCGUGCUCGCUCAGUAUCUUACUCGUCGAUGUACGGACACCCGGCCGCUACCCGAGCUGCAGUUUCACAAGCCGCGCAGGAUAUUGCCAUAGCUUCCCCUAGUUCACACCAACGAAACGCUUCGUCGUCAUCUCGUUCUCUCCGAAUGGACCCCAACGGUUCGGUAGAAUUAAGUAUCACAGAGACUCCUCGCCUUGAUCACGGGCAUAACAAACCCGAAUCCUUCUCAAUGCCCCCACUUCCGAGUGGGCACAGUCAUGGACAUGGCCAUUCACAUGGGUCGAUGAAUAUGCGCGCCCUCAUGCUUCACGUCAUGGGUGAUGCGCUCGGCAACAUUGGUGUGAUUGUUACAGGUCUCAUCAUUUGGCUCACCACUUGGAGCGGUCGGUUCUACCUUGAUCCCGCAGUCAGCCUCGUCAUCACUAUCAUUAUCUUCACGUCUGCCUUACCUCUAGUUCGGAGUGCCUCAUUCAUCUUGCUUCAGGGAGUUCCACCGACCGUAUCGCUCGAAGUCGUUCGCGAUUCCAUCCUAAAAGUAGAUGGCGUCCUAUCUGUACACGAGCUUCACAUCUGGCAACUCUCAGAAUCCAAGAUCGUCGCCUCUGUACACGUCAUGGCCUCGAGGAACCACGACUUCAUGCCCAUCGCUGCGGACAUACGCAAGGCUCUGCAUCUGAACGGCAUCCAUUCCAGCACGAUCCAACCAGAAUACCAUGCUCGUCCUUCUAUAACCAGUGAAGAUGAUUUGAAAACAUCCGGGGAUUCGCCUUGUUUGAUUCUCUGUCCCGAAGACCAGCAUUGUGAUCCCCUGGAGAAUUAUUGCUGCCCGCCACCGCCAUCCACCGUGUAAACACAUCCUUAGUACUAUACCUUAUUCUAUUUCAUUAGUGCAGUGCUAGUCAUGAUUUAGAAUAUGAUGAUGCUCUUUUGAUACACCAA